AAACAUUUAAAAGUAAUCAUAGUAGAAGACAUAUUUUAUCUUUACAUAUUCUACUAUAUUGCAGGUAAAAGAGAAACAAUAAAAUGGAAUGGGAAAACCAAACCAUUCUGGUGGAAUUUUUUCUGAGGGGGCUUUCUGGCUACCCAAGGCUUGAGCUACUCUUUUUUGUGCUAAUCUCCAUAAUGUAUGUGGUCAUCCUCCUGGGCAAUGGCACCCUUAUUUUAAUCAGCAUCGUAGACUCCCACCUUCACACCCCUAUGUACUUCUUCCUGGGGAACCUCUCCUUCCUGGACAUCUGCUACACCACCACCUCCAUUCCCUCUACGCUGGUGAGCUUCCUGUCAGAAAGGAAAACCAUCUCCUUCUCUGGCUGUGCAAUGCAGAUGUUCCUGGGCUUGGCCAUGGGGACAACAGAGUGUGUGCUCCUGGGCAUGAUGGCCUUUGACCGGUAUGUGGCUAUCUGCAACCCUCUGAGAUAUUCUGUCCUCAUGAGCAAGGCUUCCUAUGUGCCCAUGGCAGCUGGGUCCUGGGUUGCAGGGGUUAUCAACUCUGCUGUACAAACAGCAUUUGUGGUACAGUUGCCUUUCUGUAGGAAUAAUGUCAUCAAUCAUUUCUCCUGUGAGAUUCUGGCUGUCAUGAAACUGGCCUGUGCUGACAUCUCAGGCAAUGAGUUCAUCAUGCUUGUGGCCACGACAUUGUUCAUAUUGAUGCCCUUGUUGUUUAUCAUUAUCUCUUACACAUUAAUUAUUGUCAGCAUCCUGAAGAUUCGCACUUCUGAGGGACGAAGCAAAGUCUUCUCUACCUGCUCAGCUCACCUGACUGUGGUGAUAAUAUUCUAUGGAACCAUUCUCUUCAUGUACAUGAAACCUAAGUCUAAAGAGACACUUACUUCGGAUGACUUGGAUGCCACUGACAAACUUAUAUCCAUGUUCUAUGGGGUGAUGACUCCCAUGGUGAAUCCUUUAAUCUACAGUCUUAGGAACAAGGAUGUGAAGGAAGCAGUGCUACACCUAUUUAACAGAAGGUUUUUUAGAAAGUGAGUGGGAAAAGUAUUGGAUUGUG